GGCGAGAGCAUCACCUGGGUCAUCUUCCUCAUCUCCUACUGGGGCGAGCAGAUCGGGCAGAAGAUCCGCAAGAUCUCGGACUGCUUCCACUGCCAAGUGUACCCCUACCCGGAGAGCGAGGCCAGCCGGGCGGACACCAUGAGCGGGUUGCGCGGCCAGAUCCAGGACCUCAGCGUGGUACUGGAGGAGACGGAGCAGUACCUGGCGCAGGUGCUGGACAAGGUGGUGCUGGUGCUGCCAACCUGGCGGGUGCAGGUGCAGAAGAUGAAGGCCAUCUACCUCGUCCUCAACCUGUGCAGCUUCGAUGUCACCGAAAAGUGCCUCAUCGCUGAGGUCUGGUGCCCCGUGCGGGACCUCACCCAAGUGCAGGACGCUCUGCGCCAGGGAUCGUACAAGAGCGGCUCGAGCGUGGAGUGCUUUGUGCAGCGCAUCCCCACCUCGGAGAGCCCCCCCACCCUCAUCCGCACCAACAAGUUCACCGCCGGCUUCCAGAACAUCGUGGAUGCCUACGGGGUGGCCAGCUACCAGGAGGUCAACCCCGCACCCUAUGCUAUCAUCACCUUCCCCUUCAUCUUCGCCAUCAUGUUUGGGGACGUGGGGCACGGGCUGCUCAUGUUCCUCUUCGCUCUCUGGAUGGUGCUGUACGAGAACAGCCCCAGCCUGCAGCAGGCCAGCAAUGAGAUCUGGCUGACGUUCUUCGAGGGACGCUACCUCAUCCUGCUCAUGGGGGCCUUCUCCAUCUACACCGGCUUCAUCUACAACGAGUGCUUCAGCAAAGCCACUGUCAUCUUCCCCUCCGCCUGGAGCGUGGCCGCCAUGGCCAACCACUCCUCUUGGAGCGAUGUCUACCUCGCCACCCACCCGUCCCUCACCCUGGACCCCAACGUCACCGGCGUCUUCCAAGGACCUUAUCCUUUUGGGAUCGACCCAAUCUGGAGCUUGGCCACCAACCACCUCAACUUCCUCAACUCCUUCAAGAUGAAGAUGUCCGUGGUGCUGGGCAUCGUGCACAUGGGCUUUGGUGUCCUGCUGGGGAUCUUUAACCACGUGCACUUCCAGCAGCGGCACCGGCUGGUGCUGGAGUUCCUGCCCGAGAUGGUUUUCCUCCUGGCGCUCUUCGGCUACCUCGUCUUCCUC